AUGGUCGAUCCCAUUUCCAUCAUCGGCCUAGUAGGCCAGAUUUCAGACCUUAUCCAGCGAGCCUACAACUACGGCAAAGCAGUCCACGAUGCCCAAAGUGACAUGCGUAAGCUCUAUACUGAGCUUCUCGCUCUCAAGGGUGUGUUAGAGCAACUCGAGAAACUAGAUAUCGCAUCAGCAGAACCGCACAUAGCCGAUCUAAAACGCUGGAAAGAGUUUCGCAAGACGUUAUCUUCGACUUCGGACCUUGUAAGUCGUCUUGCCGACAAUUUGAAUAAGAAGCAGACAUCUUCUCGUCGAAUGAAUGCGUUUUUGUGGCCGUGGGUGAAAGAUGAUGUGAAGGCUGAUAUUCAGGAUCUUGAACGUGUCAAAACUUGGUUUAUUGUGAUGAUGAUGGCUGAGAACUCGAUGCAAAUGGAAGUCUUGAUGAUUGAGUCGCACGAGAUUUUGAAUGUCGUUAGAGAAGGUCGAGAGAGAGGGAGGCUCAAUGAUGAGGAAGAAAAAAGAAAAAAGAUCAGAGAGUGGAUACAACCGUUCAGUCCCCAACGACUUCAUGCCAAGGCCAUCAAAAAGAGGAUGGAGGAUACUGGGUCAUGGUUCCUGGACGGCGACUUCAAAAUUUGGAUGAAUGGUGAUGCAGGCACGCCAAGAAUCCUCUGGCUUCGCGGCAAGUCCGGUUCUGGAAAAACGACAUUGCAUGCCGCUGCCGUCGAUCAACUCAAGUCACAUCAAGACGGAAACCCCAAGAUUGGAUGUGCGUUCUUCUACUGCUCCUUCGAUGACAGAGAGUCUCAACAGCCUGUCAAUAUCCUGGGGUCUAUAUUUUAUCAACUCUCAGAACGACAUCCCGAAGCGCUAGAAGGUGUCGACCAACUGCGUAAAUCCGGAGAAGUCUUGGGUGAGAGUGCCCUACUCCAUCUCAUUUCGGAGCACGUGUCAAACUUUGACAGAUUCUACAUAUCAGUUGAUGCUAUUAAUGAGAGUUUCAGCUGCGUUGAAGUUUUUGAGACGCUUCUACAGAUCGUUACCAAUAACCCAAACGUACGACUUUUUAUGACAGCCAUAUCGACCUGCUCACAUUGGCUAGAAGAUCUGCAACUGGAACAACCACCAGAGAUGAUCGAGGUAGAUAUGGGUAUAGGUGAUGUUGAUAGAGAUAUCGACUUCUACAUCACUAGGAGAAUAAGCGAGGAGCGUCUGCUCAGACGACUGAGUAACGAUACAAAACUAGAGUUGCGAGAGAAAGUACUCGGUAACGCAAGAGGAAUGUUUCGGUACGCCCAGUGCCAACUCGAGUCCCUCAGUACUCUCCGAACAGCAAAGAUGGUUUUCAACGCCCUAUAUAAUCUCCCAAAGGAUAUUUACGAAGUCUACGAAAGGAUCCUGCUUAGCAUCCCUGAAACAGAUAGACUUCUCGCCAGAGAAUCGCUCUUCUUCCUCUCCGUAGCGCUGCGACCCAUUACCAUACAAGAACUAGCAGAAGCUGCAGUCCUAGACGAUUAUAAUACACGUAUCGACGAGGAGUGCAGACUGCCUGAGCCCAUGGUGUUGCUAGAGAUCUGUCAAGGCCUUGUCGACUACGACGCAGCAACAGGCGUGGUUACGCUGGCACAUUCGUCGGUUAGGGCGUACAUAACCUCGAGUCACACGCGUGAGGGCGAUAUUGCUUGGUUCAGUUAUGACAUCCCCGGUAUACAUGCCGAUAUCGCCAAUAAGUGUUUAUUAUAUCUCCUUCUGGAGCAUUUCCAAGACGGCUUCUGCACCGACGACGAGCUUGAGAAGAAGUUUGAAGACUAUCCUCUUCUUCGCUAUGCCUCUCAAUAUUGGCCACUUCACGCAAGGUUAGCUGAACGCGAAGCGCGCUACGAGACGUCUGCCAUGGUUUUUUGUCUAAGCCAUAAGAAACCUGGUGGCGGCAACUUUAGCUUCUGGGUUCAGUGCCUGAUGCCUCACACAUCGAGGGACACUAUCACGGCGAGCCAGCCUCUAUACUACGCCUCUUCCUUCGGACUUACGGAUCUCGUCAAAAGUCUUCUGACUUCUGAAGGUGUAGAUGUUGACGCUCGGGGUGGCCGUUACAAAUCCAGUGCGUUGCAUGUAGCAUGCUACAGAGGCCAUGUUGAGAUAGCCCGUCAGUUGCUUGAGUGCGGCGCAGAUACUAAUCUUCUCGACAGCGAUGGUCGCACCGCGCUAUUCUGGGCAAAAAAGUUGGGACGAAGCGAUAUUGUUGAUCUUUUGCAGGACCCCAAAUAUGCACAAACUAAAGGACAUACAGUUGUGACACUCUCAGAUCUUCCAGAGUAUAUCGACUAUCCGAUGUGGUUCUGUUGUGCCUGCAAUGGAGGACCUGGACGAGGAAGAUUUAACAAUUGUUGGGGAUGUAGUCACGAGAGGUGCGAAAAGUGCAUCAAAGUGGCUGGUCUGGAGGAUGUUGAGAAGAUUCCAGACUCACUAAGUCGCUGGGUAUGUUGCAACUGUGAGGCCGGACCUUCAAAGGUGGAGACGAAAGAAUGCCGGGCUUGUGAACAUGAGAAGUGCCGAAGAUGCUGGGUGUUUAAUUCAUCUAUCUAA